AGCAGCUUCAUCUGGGAUGCAGAGGAGGAGGAGGAAGAGCAGGGGGCGGAGUCAGUCCCUGGGGAUAAAACUCUCCACAGAGAAUCAGAGGCUCAGAGUCAACCGAGCCAGCAGAGCAGAAACAACCAACCGGAACGGACCAGAACCGACGGGUCACAACUCCUCCUCCUGCAGCGCCACGCUCCAGGUCGGGAUGACUUCCCUUCUCUUGCUGCUCCUCUUCCUGUCGCCGUUGGGCUCCAUCAUGGCGGCUCCAGAACCAGCCGGCUGUAAGAUCCGGAUCACCGAUAAAGGCCUGGAGCUGUUAAAGCUUGAGACUCAGAGGUUUGUGGAAGAGGAGCUCAGUAACAUCAGCAUGCCGGAGAUGAAGGGGACUGAGGGCCGGUUCCAGUACACCAUCACAGACGUGAAGAUCACAGAACUGAAUCUGAGCCAUGCGGACCUGCGGUUCCUCCCAGACGUCGGUCUGCUGUUUGAUGUUCAGAACUCGUCCAUCGCUCUGAGCUUCCAGCGCCGGAUCCUCUACUGGUUCUUCUACGACACGGGGAACAUCAACGCGUCGGCCGACGGCGUCAACAUCAACACGGCCGUGAACCUGAUCCGAGAUGACGGAGGGCGGCUGAAGAUCAACAACAUCAGCUGUGAAGCCAAAAUCAAGAAAAUGAGGGCGGAGUUCAGCGGGACACUUGGGAAAGUUUAUGACUUCCUGGCCCGAUUUCUGACCACCGGCAUGCGAUUCUUCCUCAACCAACAGAUCUGCCCGGCACUGAACCACGCUGCUCUGGUUCACGUGAAUGCCAUGUUGGAGACGAUCCCGGUGCGGAGCGAAGUGGACGACUACAUCGGCAUCGACUAUUCUCUGAUCAGCGAUCCCGUGGUGACGUCGCAGAGCCUUGACAUGAACUUCAGGGGGAUGUUCUUUGACUUGUCCAACCAGAACCAGCCGCUGGUGAACUAUGCAGCGGAGCCGGUCAUCAGGGAGUACGACCGCAUGGUCUACCUCGCUCUGUCUGAGUUCUUCUUCGACAGCGGGAUGUUCGCCUACUACUCUGCUGGGAUAUUCCAAAUGCACAUCGUCAACGAGAAGAUGCCCAAAGAUCUGGAGGUGCUGCUGAGGACGACGUAUUUCGGAACCAUCAUGAUGAUGAACCCAGCUCUGGUGGACGCACCGCUGUCCUUACAGCUUGCCGUCAACUCGCCUCCAAAAACCUCCAUCAAAACGUCCGGGGCCACCGUUCUCAUGACAGCCAUCGUCAAGGUGAUGGUUCUGCCCCCAGGCAAAUCUCCGGUCCAGCUCAGCAGCAUGACCAUGGAAGCUAAGUUUAAUGCAAAAGUUUCCAUGAGAGGAAAACGUCUGGCUGUGCAUGCUGAUCUACGCAGAUUUAAGAUCUUCUCCAACCAGUCAGCUCUGGAGUCUCUCGCUCUGAUUCCUCUGCAGGCUCCUCUGAAGACCAUGCUGCAGAUGUCCGUGGUUCCUCUCAUCAACAACUGGACCAAGAGGGGAGUCCGGAUCCCGCUGGCUGAUGGGAUGGAUUUCAUCGAGGAGGUGGUGGAGUAUCACAAUGGUUUCAUCAUGAUCGGAGCCAACCUGCACUUCAGCAAAGGCCUGAGGGAAAUGAUGGCAGGAAGCAGCGACAUCCAGCCCACCACCAGCAACACCACCAGCACCGCUGUCUAAGCAGAACUGGACCAGGCAGCCAGAACAUUAUGACCACCUGCGACCACCUUUUACUCCCCAACACCUUGGAGCUGCCACUAGAGGGCACCACAGAGCCGAGGGCAGCUAAGCAUUGGUACUGGUUCUGUGAAAGAAUGUGAGGGAGCAUGUUUAGCUCUGUGUGUGUGUGUGUGUGUGUGUGUGUGUGUGUGUGUGUGUGUGUGUGUGUGUGUGUGUGUGUGUGUGUGUGUGUGUGUGUGUGUGUGUGAACCACCAGAGGAGGCUAAACACAGACUGGACCGUGGAACCGAACCUUAGAAGCACAGACGUGUGGCCAUAGUCUUCUGCUGACCUGAUAUAAAUAGAUGUAAAUAUCGACAGGCUGAUGCAGCAGCUGCAGAUUCAACAAGUUUUACUGACACAAACAUAAACCUGCUUUCUGACAUUUUCCAGUUCAAUCAUUGUAUUUAUGAGCCAAGCAGAUCUUCCUCUGAAUCUCAGCUGAACUGCAAGGAGACUAAAACAUUAACAUGUAACUGAACACCUGGAGGUUUUUAUGCUGUUCCUUAUAAAUAAAACCUCUUUGAUAAAAACUCACUGUUGUAUUUACAAGUAGACUUGAUGAUGUCAUAGUUCAACAAUGUCAGAGUUUCUGCUUCAGGCUUCACAGCACGGCUGGAAGCUCAAUUCCAGUUUCAUCAUGAAUUCCAUAUUUUCUGUUGUGGUUUUUCAAGAUACUGAAGACUAAAUUUACUAACUAAAUGACUAAAUUUAGACCAGCGCCAUUUAGUUUCGGGUCAGCCAGUGUUUUGGGGGAAAGCUGUGAUCUGAACAGCUCAUGUUGUUUAUGAUCGGCUGAUGUAGGUUAUUAAUGUUUACAAUUUAAUUCCAACAAAACCCAAAUAAACUCAAGAUGCAGAACUGUUUAAAAGGACACGGAGCUGAUGCUGUUUCUCACCAUGGCGAGAAACACCAGAUCUUGAUUCACUGGUGUGGAGGCCAAGUUAAUGUGAAGUAAUAUUCAGUUAUUGUUAAAACAUUUUGUUUAAUAUGUAAUUUAAUAAGUGAAUUUAUUGAAGUUUAGGAAGAAUUAUUAGUACUGCAUGUAGCUAAUUUGUAAUGUUUUGUUGUCAAUUAGUGUUUUAUUUUAAGUUGUAUGUUUAUAGUUUAAGUGUUCAUUUCGCAAUUUAUGCAAACGCGGUGUGGACGCUGUAGCGUUAACAAGGAGAAAGGAAAGGCGCUGCUAGUUUAUCUACAGAGCCACACGGUUUUUCAAACAUAGUUGUUUGUGAAGGUUAGAUAAGAUACAACUGCUCUUGUAAAGGAAAUCUCACAAAACUGUGGAAUAAAUUUUUGUUUUGCAUCCUUU